AAAUAAAGUUUCCGGCAGCAUCAGCCCACGGGGCGUGUACGUGUGAUGUCUGUAGCCUCGCGUUGCUUGUGGGUUCUUACAUCAGACCUCUUCUUUAUCCAGGUCCCCUCUGACCUCAUGGCCUGUGUCUUUUUUUAUGGCUCCCUGAAGAAGGGUCAGCCUAACUACUGCUAUGUGCUGGACAGAAACAACGGGAAAGCAGAGUUCCUCGGCACAGCCGUCACCACCCAGAGAUACCCACUCGUGAUUGCUGGCAAGUACAACAUACCGUUCCUCCUCAACCUCCCUAGAAAGGGCCAGAGGGUCCAUGGGGAGCUCUACCAAGUAGACACGAAGAUGCUGAAAUACCUGGACGACUUCGAGUGCAUUCCCACCCAGUACCAGAGGACCGUUGUGGACCUGGAGAUCAAGGAGUGGGUGGGAAACAGGGAGGAGAAGCCACCAGGAAGCCAGACAGAGGCGUUUGUGUACAGCACCACAACCUACCAACCCGACUGGCUUUCACUUCCGACCUACGAGAACUACGAUGCUUAUGGAGAUCAUGGCCUCAAAUUUACAUUAAGAGAAGACAGACACUGAAGAUCAUGUGAGGAUGGGUACUUUUGUAGCUGUAACUUUUUCCAGCCCUCCUUUCUUUCUUCCUUUAUUGAAUAUGCAAAUCAAUAAACAACCCAAAGUA